AUGGCACUCCUGAGCUCCCCCACCGAGACCGAAUGCUUGACCAAGCCGCUCUUCUGCCGAAAGGGGGCGCUACGCCAGAAGGUCAUCCACGAGGUGAAGAGCCACAAGUUCGUAGCCCGCUUCUUCAAGCAGCCCACCUUUUGCAGCCACUGCACGGACUUUAUCUGGGGGAUUGGAAAACAGGGCCUUCAGUGUUUAGUAUGCAGCUUUGUCUUACACAAGAGAUGCCAUGAAUUUGUUACCUUUGAGUGUCCAGGAGCUGGGAAAGGACCCCAGACAGAUGAUCCCCGGAGCAAGCAUAAGUUCAAGAUCCAUAGUUACAGCAGCCCAACAUUCUGCGAUCACUGUGGCUCACUCCUCUAUGGGCUAGUGCACCAGGGCAUGAAAUGUACCUGCUGUGAGAUGAAUGUGCACAAGCGCUGCGUCCAUUGUGUGCCCAGUCUGUGUGGUGUGGAUCAUACAGAACGCCGAGGGCGCAUGAAACUCCACAUUGAGACAUUUGGGAGUGAUGAGAUCCAUGUGACUGUGGUUGAAGCACUGAACUUGAUUCCGAUGGAUCCCAAUGGUCUCUCUGAUCCCUACGUGAAACUCAAGCUUAUUCCUGAUCCAAAGAAUUUAACAAAGCAGAAGACCCGGACUGUUCGAUCUACCCUCAAUCCAGUGUGGAAUGAAACCUUUGUUUUCAACCUGCAGCCGGGUGACAUGGAGCGGCGUCUCUCCAUCGAGGUGUGGGACUGGGACCGAACAACCCGCAAUGAUUUCAUGGGGGCCAUGUCCUUCGGUGUCUCUGAGCUUUUCAAGGCUCCCCUGGAAGGCUGGUACAAAUUGCUCAAUCAGGAGGAGGGCGAAUAUUAUAGUGUCCCCGUGGCUGAUGCAGAAAACUGUGGGCUGCUGCAGAAAUUCGAGGCUUGCAACUUCCCUUUGGAGCUAUAUGAGAAAGUUCGUCAUGGCCCCAUCUCAUCGCCGUCCCCAAGCCCGACAGACUCCAAGCGCGGCGCAUUCUUUGGCACCAACCGCUUCCACAUCUCAGACUUCAACUUUCUCAUGGUGUUGGGCAAAGGCAGUUUUGGCAAGGUGAUGCUGGCGGAGCGACGUGGAACAGAGGAGUUGUUCGCUAUCAAGAUCCUCAAGAAAGAUGUGAUCAUCCAAGACGACGAUGUGGAAUGUACCAUGGUGGAGAAACGGGUCUUAGCCAUGGGGGACCGUCCCCAUUUCCUAACCCAGUUGCAUUCCACUUUCCAGACAGCGGACCGGCUCUAUUUUGUGAUGGAGUACGUCAAUGGAGGAGACCUCAUGUACCACAUCCAGCAGGUUGGGAAAUUCAAAGAACCUCAUGCCAUGUUUUAUGCUGCUGAAAUUGCAAUUGGCCUGUUCUUUUUGCAUAACAAGGGAAUUAUUUAUAGAGAUUUGAAACUGGAUAAUGUCAUGUUGGAUGUUGACGGUCACAUAAAGAUCACCGAUUUUGGGAUGUGCAAAGAAAACAUCUUUCCUGGUAUUACCACCCGGACCUUUUGCGGAACACCUGACUACAUUGCUCCAGAGAUUAUCGCCUACCAGCCUUACGGGAAAUCUGUGGAUUGGUGGUCAUUUGGUGUCCUCCUUUAUGAGAUGCUGGCUGGGCAGCCACCAUUUGAUGGAGAAGAUGAGGAUGAACUGUUCCAAUCCAUCAUGGAACAUACGGUGUCCUAUCCCAAAUCUCUUUCACGAGAAGCCGUCUCCAUCUGCAAGGGGUUCUUGACCAAGCAUCCGCUGAAGCGCCUAGGAUCAGGGCCUGAUGGAGAGCGGGACAUUCGCGAGCAUGGCUUUUUCCGCUGGAUGGACUGGGAGAGACUGGAACAGCUGGAAAUUGCCCCUCCCUUCAUUCCCAGGCCAUGUGGCCGGAGUGGUGAAAAUUUUGACAAGUUUUUCACGCGAGCGCCGCCAGCUCUGACGCCUCCAGACCAACUGGUACUUGCAAGCAUUGACCAGAGUGAAUUCCAGGGGUUCACCUACAUAAACCCUGAAUUUGUACACCCGUCCUCGCUGCGGAGGGGAAGUCUCUCCCCAACUAGCCUGCCUCUCUCUCCCACGGGAAUGCUCCCAUCCCCUACUUCCCUAGUGUGACUACCUUCACCCUAUAACAACCUUUGACCCUAACAGCCCUAAACCAAACCUUGCCCGUAGAUCUCUGCUCUCAAGAGAAUGACCACCUGGAAACCCAACCUUAACCAACAUCCCCUUAAAAUAUUUUAUUACCAUCUCCUCCAGUGUGUUGCUUCCAUCCUCCUUUCUUCUAUGAGGUGAAAGUAAAUCCACAAGGAUAAGAAAGAAUCAUACUAGAUAUAUCAUGUAUAUAUAUUUGAGAGAGAGAGAGAAGCUGGUCGAUUAGAAGGCCCCCUCCAUCCAAGUUCACCUGUUCCCACCUCCCUAAGUUUUAACUGAGAGUUGUGUUCUCGAAAACAAAGCAAAUUGUGCUAGCAUUAAUACAGGGUAAUGGCAACUUGCCUAGCCAUGGAAUUGCUUCUGCCUAAUUUCAUAUUUUGCUUAUGUGGCAGGGGGCCAAGGAAAGGUGUUGGGUGCUUAAUUUAGGGCAAGGGACUGGAUGGCGGGUGGGCUGUGGCCUAGGUUUGCCAAGAAGCCACUCAUGUCCUCUUCUGCCAUACCAGUUCCUAGAUUACAUGAUCAUAAAACGUUGGAAAGCAGACCGAAUAACAGCAUGAUGAAACAGGGCUGUGUGAUGAAGCAUGGAGAUCAAAAGGUAUUGGCAGAACCAGACCAACCUGGUGUCUCCUCCCCUGCAAAUAGUCAUAUGACUUUUUACCUUUGGCUUUCUUCUUCAACAGGGUUUAGUUUCUUUAGUAAAUAAGGGGAAUACAUUAGGCAUAAUUUAACCAGAGGGAUGGGGAGGUAAGAAACUACUGUAAGGCAGGUAUGUGACCUAUUAAGAAAACAAGAGUCUGUAAUGUGUCAGCCCACCAGAGAAGGGGCAGGACUUAGGACCAGAAUGUCUGCAUUCUGCCACCUGUACCCAAAGUGCCAUGGCUCCCAGCUGCUGUGGCACUUGGGGAGGUAGGGUGAGGGGAGGCAGCUGGGCUGGUGGUUGACAGAAGUUCUCAGCCUAUUUGCAAGCCUUUCCCUGCUCUUUCUGGUUGGACCCUGAAAGUUGGAAAAACUCCCUGGCUGUCCCAGGUCUCCAGCUGGUGAUGCUGCCCCUUCCUCUUGCUCCACAGGAGUGUUAAAAACAAACCAAGUAACUCCUAAUGCCACCAAUGACUCUGAAAGUAUCUCCUGCUAAACAGAGUUGUACAUCUAGCACUCUGUACCUGCGCUGCUAUUUAGAGGCUCCACCUAACUGCCUUCAUGCUUGCUUGUAGGAGCAUACUGAGAGGCGCCGCAAUCUCUCACAGCAUUGCAAACUCUAGCUAUCCUUGCUCCAGGGAUGGUGAGCUUGCCUGCUGUCUCUCCCUGUUACCACACUUCAGGGAGCAAGACUGAAUAGGUGUGGAGCCUUUCCAGAGAUUGGGCUUAGAAUGUUCAAAAUAUAAGAAAGUUUAAUACAUGAAUAAAAAGAGUAUAGAUAUUCUGUUCAACUAUUUGGGCUGAGCAAGGGAACAAAGAAAAGGUGAGAAUGUUCAGUCUCUUUUCCCUACACUUGGAACUUAUGCUAAGCACUGCUAAAU